AUGACGCAACAUGUUGGGAUUACAAACACGAAGAAGAAAACCCCGGAAGUAAACACGAGGGAAAACGAAAACAACGCGUUCGGCUCCGAGCAGAAUAGCGCCUGCAUGCUCGCUGUUAACCGCAAUAAUGCCCAAAAAGAGAAGACGAAUGUGGACAAAGAAAUGGCUGGGCAGACGUUGCCAGUAUGGUUUGUCAAAUCUACAGCGGGAAUUGGAGAAUUCAACGACCUUCUGGAGAGAGUGACCCCUCAAAUCAUCAAGAGAGACACACACCUGAGGAAGGCGAUCAGUCCUAGGGAGAGGCUCUCUGUGACACUGAGAUUCCUUGCAACAGGUGAGACCUUCAAUUCCUUAUCUUUCCAGUUCAGGACUGGGAGCACCACACUGAGCCGCAUUGUGAUGGAAACCUGUGCAGCCAUAGCUCUAGUAUUACGUGAGGAAUACCUAAAGACACCAUCAACUGAGACUGAGUGGAAGGUCAUCGCUAAAGACUUUGAAGACAAGUGGCAUUUUCCACAUUGCAUAGGGGCCAUAGAUGGGAAACACAUCUUCAUUCACCCCCCUGCCAACAGUGGAAGCACGUUUUAUAAUUACAAGUCAAGGUUUUCCAUCAUACUUACGGCUGUAGUUGACACAAAUUAUAGAUUUGUCUAUGCAAGUGCAGGGACACAAGGAAGCUGGAGUGUUGCCUGUUCUGAUCUCAGAGAGGCUAUGGACACAGGCACUCUGAAUGUCCCUCCUGAUGCAACCCUGCCAGGCACUGACUCCACGAUGCCAUAUGUGCUCAUUGGUGACGAAGCAUAUCCCCUUAGGCCAGAUCUGAUGAAACCAUAUCCAUCACGAAACCUCAACCAUGAUCAAAGGAUUUUCAACUACAGGCUUUCCAGAGCACGCCGUGUUGUUGAGAACGCAUUUGGAAUUCUGGCCAAUCGCUUUCGCGUUUUCAGAACCACAAUUUGCCUGCAUCCAGACAAAGUUGUUGCAAUUGUUUUUGCAACACUUUGUCUCCACAACUUCCUCCAACAACAGAGAUCAGAUGCCUACACACCACCUGGCUAUGUGGAUUCUGAAGAUGCAAACCAUCAGCUGGUCAGUGGCACAUGGCGAAGUGAGGGAGCCCUUCAGUCAGUUUCGGCAAGCAGAGCUAGGAACCCCUCAGUGGAUGCUAAGAAACAACGUGAUGUGUUAGCCCAGUACUUUGUCUCACCUGCAGGAAGAAUUUCCUGGCAGGAAAACACGGUGUAGCUUCAUCUGCGCUAAACUUCUGUAAAUAAAGCGAGAGCAUUGGUUCCACUCAGUCAUUGGCUCAGAUGCUGUUCCUGUGUGGCUGUUAGCUUUCUCUGAACAAGAACCAGACAUUGAUUAUGUGUACGGAACUGCAUUUAAAGACUGAUUUCAACUCUUAGGGUGGAUUCUUUUGAAAAUUCAUAAUGUGUGGGAGUGGAGUGAUGCAUUUUCUUAUGUUUGUAACAUUU